ACAGCUGGGAUUUAGACGAGUUCACUACUGUCACUCUCAAAAACGUUUUGUUUACCUUUUUAUUAGUUGGGAAGAUUUUGCAAAUUGCUGGUUGAUUUAUUGAAAUGGAGAAUCCUCCGGCGAAACGAUACCGUCGGGAAGAGUCUGACAGUGAUGCAGACGAUGACUCCAACUAUGUCCCGUAUGUUCCUGUGAAGAAGCGCAAGAAGGAACAAUUGCUGAAGCUGGGACGGAUCGUUCAGCUGACUGCUGAGGCUUCCAACACCAACAAAUCCUCAAGUGAAAAUGAGCACGAUGAGGAGAGUGAGGAAGUGUGGGGUAGGAAGUUCAAUAUAAGUCUCCUGGAUCAGCACACUGAGCUCAAGAAGAUUGCUGAAGCCAAGAAGGUGAGUGCAGUGGAGAAACAACUGAAAGAGGAAGAGAAGAUCCUCGAGAGUGUGGCUGAGAAGAAGGCACUGAUGGGAGUGGCAGAAUUGGCCAAAGGCAUACAGUAUGAGGAUCCAAUUCAGACCAGCUGGAAGCCACCAAGAUUUGUUCUGAAGCGCCCGGAAGCCCGCCAUUUGGCUCUGAGGCAGAAAUUGCGGAUUCUCGUGGAGGGAGAUGAUCUUCCACCGCCCAUAGCUUCAUUCCGGGACAUGAAAUUUCCCAAGGGUGUGCUGACGGGGCUGCAGAGGAAGGGGAUUAGGAGGCCAACGCCAAUUCAAGUUCAGGGCUUGCCGACGGUGUUGGCGGGAAGGGAUUUGAUUGGGAUAGCAUUUACUGGAUCUGGAAAGACGCUGGUCUUCGUCCUGCCUCUGAUAAUGUUCUGCCUGGAACAGGAAGUUCGACUGCCUUUUAUCAACAAGGAAGGACCCUAUGGGCUGAUUAUCUGCCCUUCGCGGGAACUGGCCAAGCAGACUCAUGACAUUAUCCAGUAUUUCUGCAAUCAUCUCCUGACCAGCGGAAUGCCUCAGAUACGCACGUGCAUUGCAAUCGGAGGAACGCCCGUAAGUGAGGCAAUUGAGGUGAUCCAGAAGGGAGUGCACAUCAUGGUGGCUACUCCGGGACGUUUGAUGGACAUGCUGGACAAGAAAAUCGUGACACUAGAUUGGUGCAGGUAUUUGGUGAUGGAUGAGGCUGACAGGAUGAUAGAUAUGGGCUUUGAGGAGGAUGUCAGGACGAUUUUCUCCUUCUUCAAGGGGCAGCGUCAAACGCUCCUCUUCUCAGCCACUAUGCCCAAGAAGAUCCAGAACUUUGCCAGAUCUGCCCUCGUGAAGCCCGUCACGAUCAAUGUGGGCAGAGCUGGAGCAGCUUCCAUGAAUGUAACCCAAGAAGUUGAGUACGUGAAGCAGGAAGCAAAGAUUGUCUACCUUCUGGAUUGCCUUCAGAAGACCCCGCCUCCAGUGUUGAUCUUCGCGGAGAAAAAGCAAGAUGUGGAUGCUAUCCAUGAAUAUCUUUUGCUGAAAGGAGUCGAAGCUGUGGCCAUUCACGGCGGGAAAGACCAGGAAGAGAGAUCGAGAGCAGUUGAGGGUUUCCGGAAGCAGGAGAAGGAUGUCCUAGUGGCUACAGAUGUGGCUUCCAAGGGUCUGGAUUUUGCCAAUGUCCAGCACGUCAUUAACUACGACAUGCCCGAUGACGUUGAGAACUAUGUCCAUCGAAUUGGACGAACAGGAAGAUCAGCAGGAACCAAAGGACUCGCCACAACGUUCAUCAACAAAUCCACCGAUCAAUCUGUCUUGCUGGACCUCAAGCAUCUUCUCAUCGAGGCCAAACAGAAGGUACCGCCCUUCCUGGCUGAACUCUGUUCAGAAUCGGAGAAGUAUCUGGAUCUUGGGGAUUCCCAGGGAUGCAGCUACUGCGGUGGAUUGGGUCACAGGAUCACCGAAUGUCUCAAGCUCGAAGCUGUUCAGAGCAAACAAGCCUCAAACAUCGGAAGACGCGACUAUUUGUCCAAUACAGCUGCGGAUUAUUAGUUUUGUUUUGCAAUAAAGUUCUCUGUAUACUUUGAUUUAUUUAAUUUUAAUAAAUUUUAUUUAUUAAAUAUCUAAAAA